UUCACGACGUUGAACCGCUUUUCCUUUCGAGCUAACAAAACUCGUUGAAAAUGCAUACAUCAAAAUGGUAGAAUCGCUGCAAAUGUUCUUAUUUCUCUUCAAAUCCAAGUACAGGCGAAAAUGGUCGUGGUUUUCUCCUUUCCUGUGUUCAGUUCUCAUAGUGUUAUUGUUUUGUCAUGGUGUCCUCUCUAGGUGUAGUGAACAUAACUGUUUAAAUGGUGUGUGUAACAAUGAAACUUGUGCGUGUUUUGAGGGCUGGCAGGGUCCGGAAUGCCAGCACUGUGCCGGGAAAGUCAAGCUGACAUCCCCGACGGGGAUCAUAACAGAUGGUCCCGGCAACUACAGCGUGAGCACGCAAUGCUCAUGGCUCAUAUCGCCCCCCUGGCUGGGUCCUUCGCCCCCGCCACUACGGGUCCGGCUAGAGAGCUUCGCGACGGAGUGCGGCUGGGACCACCUCUACGUGUAUGACGGGGACAGCGUCCGCGCUGAGCGGUUACUCGCUGUAUUCAGCGGGGUGUUGGAAAAUAGCGAGACAAGUUGGACGCGCCAGGUGAUAGCGCGGUCAGGGAGCGCGCUUCUCCACUUCUUCUCAGACGAUGCGUACGCAAUGGAGGGGUUUAAUCUCACUUAUGCAGCUUAUUCCUGCCCCUCCGACGACCAUAGGACUAAUUGUUCAAACCACGGUGAAUGCGACGACGGCACGUGUCGCUGCGAGCCGGAUUGGAUAGGAGUAGCGUGCGACCAGCCGCUAUGCCCAGACGACUGCAACGCAGCGUACGGCGCGGGCACGUGCACGCCCGCCGGCUGCGAGUGCACGGCGGCGCGGACGGGCGCCGACUGCAGCCGCGACGCCGCCGCCGCCGGCUGGGGGUGGGGGUGGCGGGAGCCGGGGGAGGCGGGCGACGGGGGGGAGCAGCCGCCCGCCGUGGCGGGGCACGCGCUGCUGACCUACGGGGAGGACCUCUUGAGAGUCGGUGGAGAGACCUUUUCCAAUGCUCAUUUUUUGUAUCGAUAUAAAGUAGCAAAAGGCGAAUGGGAGCCGAUACAAACGCGCGGAGAAGCGCCCGCGGCGAGGUUCGCGCACACAGCUGUGUUGUAUGGACACCAGCUGAUCGUUUAUGGUGGAGUGGUGGCUUCUGAUGACCCUGAAAGAGGGGGCGGGCUGGCAGGCUUGGAAGGCCGCGCCGGCGAGGUGACCAACGAGGUGUGGUCCAUACAGCUGGAGGGCGCGCGGCCCCAGUGGACCAACGCGACACCCACCAGCUGCGAGCCGCACCGGCCGCCGCCCCUCAAACACUGCGGUGGCCUGCAUCUCUCCGGGCACAGUGCGGUGCUGGUGUACCUGGGCAGCACGCGACGGCCCGUGAUGCUGGUGUUCUUCGGACACUCGCCGCACUACGGAUACUUGCAUAUUGUGCAGGAGUACUACAUAGAAGAGAACGCAUGGGCAGCCGUGGAGACCAAGGGCUGGCCAGCGCGUGCUGGGUUUGGCCACACGGCCGCCUGGGACGAGCUCAGCCGGCGCGUCUACGUGCACGGCGGACUCGUCUCCGAGUCCGAGGCCACGCAGGCGCCGUCGGCAGCUUUGUACCAGUACGACGUGGAGACUAAAGUGUGGGAGCCCCUACCUUCAGCACCCACGCCGCGGUACCUGCACUCAGCAGUGUUCGUAUCGCCAGGCAUAAUGCUAGUGUUCGGCGGCAACGCGCACAACGACAGCGCGGCGGCCGCCGUGGCCAACCCCGCCGGCGCUCGCUGCUACUCCGCCACCGCUAUGCUCUAUGACGUCCGGUGCGGCGCGUGGCGAGCCGCGGCGCCGCCGGCGGGCGCGGCGCGCGCGGCCGCGGCCGCCGCCCUGCUGCCCGGCCGGGGGCGCAGGACCGCGCUCAUAUACGGGGGGUUCGACGGGCGGCUCCGUUCGGACGCGUUGACGUACGAGACGGGCGAGAAGUGUUCGUCUCACACAUCAGAGGCGGCGUGCCUGGCCAGCGCGCAGUACGCAGCCGUCGCGUGCGCCUGGCGGCCGCUGGAGAGGAUAUGUCUUCCGCUGGAGGAAAUCGGUUUUGAGGAGUCCAAAGAUGGAACAGUGACGGCGUGUGCUGUCGAGCCUUCCUUAGAUGAGCGACGCUGCAUGUUAGCAGAGUCGUGCGCCGCGUGUACUGCGGCCAAGUGCACGUGGUGUGACGCGUGCUAUGCGUCUGCGCAGUACUGCGUCAGGCAUACUAGACAUUCGAUGACGCAGACAAUAGAGGGCUGCGGGACUGCGGGCGAGUCGCCGCGCGAGGCUUGUGGCCGCUACCACUCAUGCGCAGCCUGCCACGCGCAUCACCACCAUCAUACGCAUGGCUCAGAAGAGUUGUCGCAGCGAGCGUGUUAUUGGGACUAUGACACGAUAAAGUGUAAACCAGCAAACUCGUCAGAUGAUAUUAGGAGCGUAGCAUCGGCUGGUCCGUGCAGCGCGCCUUGUUCGACUUUUCAUACAUGCGCCAAUUGUACUGCGGAGGAGUGUAUAUGGUGUGCCUCCGCUGGAAGAUGUGUUGAUAAAAACGCGUACGGCGCGUCGUUCCCGCUGGGCGGGUGUCGCGCGUGGUCCACGAGCGGCGGCGCCAGCACGUGCGGCGCGGGCGCGGGCUGCGGCGCGCACGUGGCGUGCGCCGCGUGUCGCGCCGAGCCCGCCUGCGGCUGGUGCGACGACGGCGCCGGCGGCGGCCGCGGUGCCUGCCUGCCCGGCGGCCAGCGCCGCCCGCACGACCCGCGGGGCUGCGUGCCGCACAGAUGGCACUUCACGCAAUGCCCGGCGUGUCAAUGCAACGGUCACUCGAUUUGUGACAGCCAAGCGCGCUGCAUGCAACCUUGCAGCGGUCGCAGCGUCGGCGACCACUGCGAGCAGUGCGCGCCUGGACAUUGGGGGAACCCGCUGAACGGGGGCGUGUGUCAGCCGUGCGAGUGCAACUCGCAAGCGGUUGCGUGUGCGCCGGACACGGGCCGGUGUUACUGCAGCACCAAGGGGCUGGCCGGCGACCGCUGCGACAAGUGUGAUAACACUAACCACUACCACGCGGACCUCUACAACAAGGGCGCUUGUUAUUAUGACCUAGCAGUAGACUACCAAUUCACGUUCAACCUCUCGAAGAAGGAGGACCGUCACCUGUCCGCCAUCAACUUCCGCAACGCGCCGGUGAAGCCCGACGUGGACGCAGACUUCAGCAUAACGUGCAGUGCGCACGCGCGCAUGAACCUCACCGUGCGCACGCGCCAGGAGCCCAACGAGCGCACGCUGUUCAGCGACGUCAACUGUACCAACUUCAGAUACAAGUUCGCCAAGUCGGAGCACGCGUUCGGCGUCGAGGACAACGUGACCCUGACGACUUUCUUCGUUUACGUGUACGACUUUCGACCGCCCUUGUGGAUCCAGAUAUCCUUCUCGCAGUACCCCAAGCUGAACCUGCAGCAGUUCUUCAUCACGUUCUCCAGCUGCUUCCUGCUGCUGCUGCUCGUCGCCGCCGCCCUCUGGAAGAUCAAACAGAAAUACGAUAUGUAUAGAAGAAGGCAGAGGUUGUUUGUGGAGAUGGAGCAGAUGGCGUCGCGGCCGUUCAGCCAAGUGUGUGUCGAACUCGAGAAGGGAGGAGGGAGCGUGGGCGUGCCGGCGCCGGUGGCGCUGGAGCCGUGCCGCGGGGGCCGCGCGGCCGUGCUGUCGCUGCUGGUGCGGCUGCCCACGGGCGGCACGGGCCGCGCGCCGCCGCUGGGCGGGCUGGCCGUGGCCUCCGCGCUCGUCACGCUGGGGCAGCACCACGCCAGCGCCGGCGCCGGCGCCGGACACGCCAAGCGGAGGCACCACUGAUCGAGAUUGUGGAACACCAAUGUAUAUAAGUAUGUAUAACAUAAGCGCUGUACAUAGAUUGGAUGGUGCGUUGCUCAAGAACGGUUUAAAUACUCAUUUAUACGUGAAACUUUACGUGAUGUUACCUGGUGAUCUGAGUCUCUGAGAGUACGGUUAUCUGUAAUGCCAUUAACUGUUAUAGUCAGUGAUACGAACAGGUAGAGCGAUUUUUGGUACUUAUAGUGGUUGUUUACUAUGGAAGCGGCUUUAUAAUUCCCGGGAAUUCCGAUUCGAGUUUAAAAAAAAUGUUAAGCGUUUUUUUUUUAAAUUAAAUAUGCCAAUAAUAAGGUCAUUUGAUAGUCUGCUUACUGCAUACCCUGGUGUGAAAUAGGCGCGAGUUUAUCUAUGUAUGGCAUGGAAUUUUGUACUAUAUUUCCUGUCUUAUGGUAACAUUUGUGAUAUGUUAUCAAUGAUAUUAUGUAAUUUUGUUAUUGUAAUAAUGUUUAGUGUUUAAGAUUGCUUUUAUUUAUUUAUUUGUUGCUUCACUGUCGUAUUGGGUAAUGACAGUUGUAAGAUUGAAUAAAUAAAUAAAUAAUAGAUAAAACAACUUCUCAAAUCCCAAUCUUUAUAAAACACAACAUUGGUAUCAAAAGCUACGUACAUACAUAAACUGACGACUAUUUCUCACCGGGGUACGCAGAGGCAGAUAAUCCCAUUUGCUUCGGUACAGACAUACUUCUCUUGCUUCCUCCAGCCGCUGCCCAACUAAAGACUUCGCAACAAUGCGCGUUAGUUUCUUUCCAACCUCUCUUCUAUUCCGUGGUUAAAAGUUACUUAAAUUCUACUUAUACAUAUACAUAAUUCCACUAAUUCAAAAAGCGUUCUCCAUACUUUUAUAUCUUGUGUGGUCAAUGACCCAAAAUCGCUCUACAUAUUCCGAUCACUACGGUUCAUUUUAAGUUCAUAUUUGGUAUUUUAAUGGUAUUUACAAUACAAAAUAUUACACGUUCCCUUACAUUUUGUUCGAUGAGAAUAUUCACAUCAGGUAAAUGGUCAUAUUUACCUGUUAUAUCAUCUAACUAUUGGCUAAACACAUAGACCUCGUAUAAGAAAUAGACAACCAAUCUCUGUAAACGUCUCCGCGACGCUUCUUGUCACAACCGACGGCGUGUAACGACACUGUACAACUGAUAUUGAACUUUAUUUGAACAGGCAUAACAUCUUAAUUUGACGGAAUGAACUUAUAAUGGCCCCGAUUCCUGCAGACACCUCCUAAUUUUACUUUAAGUUAUACCUGUCAGUUUCUUAUCCGCCGAAAAGAAAAGGGACGGAUGAUUGACAGCUCUUAGGUUUAGGAAGAAUGAGCAAAUGAAUGAAAAACCCGGGCGAAUCAAAAAGGUAUCUCGUUGGUGUGCUGUCAACAUAAUUCUGUCGGGUUAUUGGCCAAUGUAAAAUUUUUAGACGGUCGUUUUAGAUUUGCGCUUAAAAUUGACGUGUGUUCCAUAAAUUUUAUGCUUGUCGAUUACCCGUCCCUUCCCUUUUCGGCGGGUUUUUAUAAAAAAAAACUCCUCAGCGAUUGUAGUCUAUUUGUUUAUACGACGUCAGUGACUAAACAGUUCAGGUUUUUUUUUUCAUAGUAACUGUAAAUGUAUAAAAUAUGAAAGAUAUAGAUUAAAAACAUUUGACUUCCGUAUUAGAAGUUGCCAAAUAAUGUAUUUUUAUCACGAUUGAAUAAAUUGUGCACUUUUCUAGCCCGCUAGCGUGUCGCAGGUAAACUAUACUAUUGUAAGCUUUUAUAAAAUGUCCAUUUUUUUUUGUAUACUUACGUUGUAAAAGACAAACGCGUUCGAAUAGGUCAUGAAUCUAUUAUUUAUUUAUUAAUCUUGUUUAUAAUAAAAACAAUAUCAGCCAUUUUAUUUCGUUUAAAAAUAUACUCGACAUCAAAUUUUCAUUAUUUUAGCAUGGUUUAAGAGGACCAGGUAUGCUCAAAACUGACAAUUAGCAUUUCAAGGUUAGCCCAGCUGACGUCAUCCCACACUGCGUUGCCAUUUCGUAAAAAAUAAAUUACCCACGUCCAAUGUUUUUAAUUUACUUUGCAAGGUUAUUUUGUACUAUUAAAGAUUUCCGUACAAUUUUAAUGAUUAUCAUAUAUGUGACAAAUAAUAGUAAUUGAAUACACAUAAACAGCCUAUAUACGUCCCACUGCUGGGCACAGGCCUCCCCUCAAUCAACCGGAGGGGGUAUGGAGCAUACUCCACCACGCUGCUCCAAUGCGGGUUGGUGGAGGUGUUUUUACGGCUAAGCCGGGACCAACGGCUUAACGUGCCCUCCGAAGCAUGGAAUCAUCUUACUUUUUCGGACAAUCAGGUGAUUCAAGCCUAAGUCCUUACCAAACAAAGGACAGUCUCACAAAGUGAUUUCGACAAUGUCCCCAUCGGGAAUCGAACCCGGACCUCCAGAUCGUGAGCCUAACGCUCUAACCACUAGACCACGGAGGCUGUUAUAAUUGAAUACAUUAGUCAGUAAUUAACUUAAUUUUCAAUAAUAAAAUUUACGUCCUUGAAAUAUUGGAGAUACCAAUUAAAUGGUAACACAUACGUCAUCAAUGGGCUAGCAAUGGCGACUUGUCAUAGGAUUGAGCAUACCUAGUCUUUGUAUACACAUGUAUUUUAGUUUAAUUAAUUUUGAAUAAGCGUUAUGAUAAGAUGUGCUUGCGUUUCGGUAGCUUGCUUGUAAAAGUGAAUUUUGCAAUUUUGGGAGUUAUCGAUAUUGAGUAGUUAAGUAAAAUGAAAUUGCAUUUUUAUAUCUAAAAAUAAUAAUUGUAGUCACAGUAGGUUUAUGUAGUUGGCUUCGUCACUGAGGGAUUAGUUUCGAAAAAAAUACAAAAAAAAUGUAAAUGGGUUGUUCUUCUUUUUUAUCGACAAUGAUCUGUCCUUCGUUCUGCUUCUGAUAAGUUAUGUUUUAGAAUUUUAUUUCAUGUUUUGAUUGUCCAAAAAUAUAGUUAUCUUAUUAUACUCAAAAUACAAGCAAAAUACUAAUCGGUUCCUCAAUUAGUUAUUAACGUAGCUUGAUCGUUUUUCACAAAAUUAUGUGACAGAGUGGUAAAUUGAAAUGCUGUCUCCGAUGAAAAGGGCCACUCUGUCACAAUAUUUUUUGGAAUGCGCCUGCAAAGAAAAGUAUGUUACCAAGAUAAAGAGAACCACUAAAUAGUCCUCUGCAGACACAUCUUUAUAUGAUGUUUUAAAAUAUGUAUUGCCGUUAUAAUUUUAAAGAUGUUAAAUCCGAUAAAUCGAGAAAAUGUAUUUUUAUUGUCGAUAAAAAAGAAGAACGACCCAACUAUGAUAUUAUGAUAUUUAUCACACUUUUUUUUGUCACUGUUUGUUAUGUUUAGAUGGUUUUUCGCAAUUUUUCCGUCACUCGAGGAAGCGACUGCAUGUGAAUCGACAUCGAUGUAUUAUUGUACGUAUGCCAUCACAAAUAUUGAAGGCUUCGGCAUACUGGAACCAGGUCAGAAGCAGCGCAGUUUCAGUAGGUUUGUAGAGUUGUAGGUAAUACGAGAAACUAUAGAUACAACCAGGUAAACCCUUUUAGAAUAGUUACAUUCUAAUCUGAUUCUCUUCAACAAAACCACUAUUUACUUCAAUUAAUAACACAUCAUCAUCAUCAUCAGCCCAUUAACGUCCCCACUGCUGGGGCACGGGCCUUCCCUAUGGAUGGAUAGGGAGAUCGGGCCUUAAACCAUCACGCGGGCCCAGUGCGGAUUGAAGGUUAUUAACGACUGCUAAUGCAGCCGGGACCUACGGCUUUUUUGUGGUCACCCAUCCUAUGACCGGCCUUUGCGAAAGUUGCUUAACUUCAACAAUCGCAGACCGAGCGCGUUUACCGCUGCGCCACCGAGCUCCAAGUAUAACAAUACUUGAACAAUAUAACAGGAAUAUUCCCGCGAAAAGCGCAUCACUGGGUGUAGUUUCUUGUAUUACAUGCAAGGACCCGCACUCAAACGUAGUUCAAUGUGCCGAAGCCUUAAAUACACGGUGUUAGUGAUACCGUACCGAAUACUGAGGUGGAUGAUUCAGAGUUAAUAUCAAGUGGAAUUUUCUGUCGCAAAAUUCAUCAAUCUUUUGUUCUAUUUUUUAAAUUCCUCUUGAUAUCAACUCGGAAUCAUGGUCUGAAUCAUCCCUCAAAGUAUCCGUUACGGUGUCACUGCACCCUGCAUUAUUACAUAUAGGAUACUACUCAUAAAAAUCACUUUUACAUGUAAUAUAUUUAAUGUAAAUAGUCAAGGUUGACAAGACUAUGAUAUUUUUCUUACGACUGAUGUAUAUUGGUGUAAAAAAAGUUCUUUUUGUAUGAAUGCAUUUAGUUUGUGGACGUUGUGUUGGAUUGAAGGUAGAUACGGAUACUUCCCUCUAUGAUUAAAAAGAAAAACGUGUGGUCAGCUUUUGUUUCCAAGGCGGUCUAAAAAGGCACACCAGUAAAAAAACUACAGUCGUUUCUCUAAUACAUUAUAAAUAAAUAAAGUAAGUGCACAAUUUCAACAAGAGAUAAAUGGCAAUAUUGCUUUUUUAGAUGAAUAACUUCAAUGUGGCCUUUUUACAGUGCCAGACCUAAUGCAGCAAAAUCGGGGCAGCGGGUAAAAAAAUGGGAGAUCAUUUUCUAAGUACACGUAUAUACAAAGACAAAACAAUAUACGAAUUAUUUUCUUAUAUUCACCCCACACACAUACCCCACACACACACACACAUACCCCCCCCACACACACAUACCCCCCCCACACACACACACAUACCCCCCCCACACACACAUACCCCACACACACACACACACACACACACACAUACAACCCCCCCCCCCCAACACACAUACACACAUCCACUUGCGGGCCGGUAAAAAUUUGUCGAUCCCGCGCGAAACGGGACAUUUGACAACACUAAGUCAACUUCCAUGUUAUCAUGUUGCUGUUACUUCUUGUUUUCCUAGCCCGGUUUGACCUAUGGCUGGGCGAGAGCUUCCUCUGAGCUUCCAAUUCACCACGGGUGGGCUCUCCAUUCAAACUCCAGGUCUCCAGGUCUCUCCAUUGCUUGCUGGGAUUGCCUCAUUUCAUUUUUUAUAUAACAAGAAAAACAACAUUGGAAGCAAAUCAUUUCACAUUCUGCUCGCCAUAUUUCAUGAUUUUAUUACGAGAAUUUUAUGGUUGACGCUGACUUUACGUUUUUCUCUUUUUUAAUGCGAUUUUUUUUUUAUUUAAAAAAGAUCUUCAUGUCCAAACACAACGGCCAUAAGUUUUAGUAAUAAAAAUAUUUUGUAUUAUAGUUGUAGACGAGGAAAUAUUUACGUAUUUUUUUUAUUGAAGAACAUAAUUAUGAUUUAAUCCGUUAAUAUGACAAUAGUAAAUAAUUUCAUAUCUUAGGAAUAUGCAACAUACUGAAAGUGAAACAACUUGUCAUCAUUACACAAUUAUACACGGUGUUAGUGACAUCGUAACGAAAACUGAGGGGGAUGAUUCACACCAUGAUUCUGAGUUGAUAUCAAGUGGAAUUUUUCGUCGCAAAAUUUUUUUUUUAGUUUUUUAAUUAUUUUCAAUUCCAUACUUUUGCGACGGAAAAUUCCACUUGAUAUCAACUCAGAAUCAUAGUCUGAAUCAUCCCUCAAAGUUUUCGUUACGAUGUCAGUAACAUACUGUAUAUAUAUUUUAUUUGAAGUAACGGUCUUAUUUUUUUAAAGCAGUUUAAUUUUAAAUUUAGUAUUGCCAUCACCAUAUUGUUAUGCCUUAUUAAAAAAUACAUGAUAUAAAUAGUUAUUAAAAAAAACAAAAAUGAUACGCCACUAUAGGCAUUUAUAACUACUUCCUUUGCCUAUUAUUUUCUUAGUCCCAACAGGCCAAAUUACAAAAUUAUAAUUUUGAAUGGCCCUGAUACCUGCAGACACCUAAUGACUCCUAAUUUUAUUUUCGGUUAUCUCCGUCAUUUUCUUAUCCGCCGAAAACGAAAGGGACGGAUGACUGAUAGCUGUUAAUUAAGAAAAAAAUGAGCGAAUGGAUGAACAGUCCGGGCGAUUCAUAGGUAUUUCCCUCGCACGCAACCCGUUUGACAUGUCCUGGCAACUUAACUCUGUCGGGUUAUUGGCCGAUGUAAAAUCAAGGGUUGUUAAAGACUUCUGCCUAAACUUGACCAUUACCUGUCCCUUUUCUUUCUAGCGGAUAAGAAAAUGACAGGUAUAACUUAUUGUAUGGUGUCUACAGGAGUCACCACCUCUAUAACCAAGUAACAUUACCAUCACAUUAAAUAUUUUGGUUUCUUUGAUCUCAUCAUUUUCUAACAGGGAGUUUAGAAAGGCCACAUUAAAGCAAUUCAUCUAAUAAAGCAAAAUUGCAAUGUCACAUUUGCGCAUAUAAAAGCAAUAUUGCUUUUUUAGAUGAAUUGCUUCAAUGUGGUCUUUUUAACACCCAGAUAUAUUUUUUUCUUAUUAGAAUUCAUACUUUAUUAGGGUUAAUAUACAAUGAAAAUCGCCACACUAUUCCAUAUUAUAUAUUAUUACCAACAAUUACUGUUGCAGUCAAACUUCGAAAAUGUAAUUUUCUCGUAGUCCGCAGAAAUCUCUUAUGUCUGAAAUAAAUUUAAAACAGAUGUUCUUUUAUAGAAAAAAAUAAUUGAAAAGCGAGAUUUAGGCGAGACUGUUUUUUUAAUUUUGACAAAAGUACCGUCCUAUGAAUGGUAUGUUAAAAUGCGAAUCAUCGAAGUAAAGUAAGUUAUGACGUAGAUCGUCGGUGAAAAUAUAUGACCGCCUUAUUACGAAACGAAGAAAGAUAAAAUUAAAUUAAAAUUCACGCCUCGAAUGAAAUAAACGGAUUUUAAUGGAACUAAUUUAUAAGUCAAAAAUUGGCUACUAUUUUAUUUUCUCGAAAAAGCUAUAUAUACUACCUAUUAAAAAUUUUUUUUCUUCAUUAAUUUCAAAUUUCGCUCGAAAAUGGUUGGUCAUGUAACAUUUUGCCGAAUAACGUCACAUUUCAAUAAACAUAGAAACUGUCAAACAGUAUAACUUGAAACCUGACAGUAUUUUGUGAUAUCUGACGUCACUUGAAGCUCAAUCAUGGCCGACCGUGUUUCGAGUCUUGUUAUACAGAUAAAAAAUCGCGUUCUUAUUUUGUAAAAAUUAAAAAAAAAUAUUAAAAAUAUCUAAAAGAGAUAGAUAAAAUACUUUAUUGAGCAUAAUAAUGGACACAAAAUACAGAGAUAAGAACAACAUAAAUAGAAAAGCACAACAGGCGGCCUUAUUGCUCAUGCAGCAAUUAGAAAUUUCUUCCAGGCAACCUUUGGGUACAGGAACAUUUGAUUUGUGAUCUUAAGAAAACUUAAAAAAAAAAACUAUUGGGUAAUUAUUCUAAUUAUGGUUAAAUGAUAAAUUACCAUGUCCGAUAUAUUUUUUAUUGUUACAACUGUCAAAUGGCGAAGUCUAUGCAGAGUUCAUUUUAAACCUUAAUUAAAUUCGUUUCUUCGUUUUGUAGUAAGGCGGUAAAUGUCUCGCCUAAAAAUAUAUUAAAAAAAAAAUUGACACUGAGCAUGCUCCACUAUUUUAUAACUUUUCAAACAACAAGAAAGUCUUCAAAUAAAACAUUUUCGAAUAUUUUACUGGAUUGGGUAAGUCUGAUACGGAAGGAUAGGAAUUAAUUUAAAUCUCACUUUACCAGAGUUGAGAGCCUAAGUAUCGCAUGACCGCCUGUAUCCAUUCGUCUUAAGGAAAAACCGUGUAACCUCUUUUUUGAAAAAUCACAUUCAGAUGUGAUUUUCUUCAACAAAACCUUGAAUUUUAUUCAAUUAAUUUCAUAACAGGUUACAUUUGAGACCAUAUUUUAUUACCUGAAUUGAAGCGUUUGUAUUGCCAGGUUUUGUUAACUAAAAUCAAAUCCGAAGGUAAUUUUUCAAAUAUACAAGUGUUGUUAUUCUUGAAAUUAAAAGGUUAAACGGAGGCAAAUCUGUACAGCGCCAUCUAUAUUGUGUUUUAGGGAACGUAGCCUGGAAAGUAUCUAUUUCAGAAGCGAAACUAUGUAAACGAUAAAAAUGUGGGACUUCUUUUUUCCCAUUUAUUGCCCCUAUAGAGAAUAUAUGACCCUGAAAACUUCACCUUCAAAUCAGGCAUCAAUCCUCUAUAGUGAGAUUAAAAAAAACAAAUCCUCCGCGACAGACAUACCGAACCCACUUACUACCUUUUCUUACUUUAUGAGAUUAGUAAUGUUUAAAUUGUAUGUGAUAUAGUUUUUGGAAACAAUAGAUUUACAAAUUCUCUGUACCGUUUUGUAAAGGAAACAUUUUCGAUAGUAGACUGCAUAAAACGCAGGUUAGUCGAGCGUUUAGUCACAGCAUUUUACAUUCCCUCCGCCUGUCCCCAAAUCGAUCGACUGAUUGAUUUGAUGAACUGACGCCCAGGGGCGUUAUUUUUAAAUCGCUCGCUUUCAACUCACGUUCGAAUACACCUAUUUCACGCAGCACAUUAGAACUUAACAUUUGCAAGAUGGAACAGGUAUAUAUUUGUUACACGUGAGUGGAAGGCGACCGAUUCGAAAAUAAAGCCCCCGGAUAUUUGUAAUAGAAAAUAUAUUGGCCUCGAUUCCUGCAGACACCUCCUAAUUUUAGUUCAAGUUAUACGUGUCAUUUUCUUAUCCGCCGGAAAGGAAAGGGAUGGAUGAUUAAGAACUGUUAAAGUUUAAAAUGAAUUAGUGAAUGAAUGAAUAAUCCGGAUGAAUAAAAUAGGCUUUUCGUUGAUACGCAACCCGUUAGACUUGUGCUAUCAACUUAAUUCUGUCGGGUUGUUGGCCGCUAUAAAAAUUUAAGAGGGCUGCCUAAAAUUGACAUGUGUUCCAUAAAUUUUACGCCUGUCGAUUACCCGUUCCUUUCCUUUUUGGCGGAUAGGAAAAUGACAGGUAUAACUUAAAAUUAAAUUAGACGGUGUAUACAGGAAUCAGCUCCAUUUUGUAUCUACACAGCUUUUUUUUAUCGAAAAUGUUUCCAUAAGUUUAAAACAAAAUGUUGAAUAGUGUUGAUAAAUAUUUCUGGUUAUAAGUAUGCCUUAAUUUCCAACCCUAUUGUCUGCCUUUUAAUAUUAUUUUGUAAGAAAGUAAUGAACGAAUGUGGGUUGUGUCAUUUACAAUAAUGUCACCGUAUUUCUGGUUUACUUAAUAUGUAAGGUAAAAUCAUUAGAACUCAAUUACUCUUUUGUGUAAAAGCCUAAAUUCUGUGACGUCACAAUGUUAAAAUAGUAUCGAUUCAAGCGGACGAACCGUAAUUUUACGUACGUAACAGAGUACCAUCCAUUAUGAUGUAGAAAAUUAAUUUUACGCCUUUAAGAAAUAGUGUUGUCUUUCUCUUACAUUUAGUACAAGAAAGAGAUGGCGCUAGCUUAAGGCUUGUCAGGGAUUAAACUACUUAACAAUUUUAAGGACAGCCUAUACUCGAUCGAUACCCCGAUACGCCACCUUAUAAAUAAAAUGUAACCAGGAAUGAACAUGGGUUUAUUUGACAGCCAAGCAAAAUUGAAUCCAAUUAUCACACAUUUCGACUAAACUUUACUUGGUUGUCAAAUACUUAAACCCACGUUCAUCCCUGGAAACUAUUAUGAAUAAAAGGUCAAUUUAAUGACCUUCAGUCAGAGUCAGUCUCCUUUGCAGCGAAUAACUUUUUUUUAUCUUUGCAAUGACACGACCCACUCUCUACAAAGUCACUCGUAUAUAGCGACGUCACAUAAUGUUAUGUAAAUUGUCAUUAUACUGCGAAGAUAGAGACAGGGCAUACGUUGUUUAUUUAAGAUAAUCAAUAUUAAUUAUAUUUAUGAAUACAUUUUCUGCGAAACUAGAGAUAACGUAACAUACUUACGCAAAAAAAGCUUUAUUUUGUAAAAUUAUUCAUCAUCAAUUAUUCAUUCGAUUAUUAAUUUAAAUUGCCUUUGGAUAUAUUGUCUGUAAACCACUUGGUAUGAAUGGAGUCUCAGGAAAUAUUUACGGUAUGUUUAUUUUUAAAAAUAAGAACUUAAUAAAAAGGUCUAACCUAACCUAACCUAACCUGAUGAUGCGUUUGUGGUCACUAGUUCGAUCGUCUUACUACUGAAAACUUAUAUUCUCAUUUGUUCGACAUUCUCGAACUUGUGAGAAUGAGGGUUAUUCUUUCUUUUUUUUCUCCAGCUGCUGGAUAGAUGGCACUGGACUUGAUAGGUUACUGUAGGGACUAAACGUUAAUUAUUUCUGCGUUUUAAAACGUUUGUAAUAAUUAAAACACAUAACAGACAUCUCUUAAUUUUACUUUAAGUUAUACCUGUCAUUUUCUUAUCCGCCGAAAAGGAAAGGGACGGAUGAUUGACAGCUCUUAAUUUUAGGAAGAAUGAGUAAAUAAAUGAAUAACCCGGGCGAAUUUUUAGACGGUUGUUUUAGAUUUGUGCUUAAAAUUGACGUGUGUUCCAUAAAUUUUAUGCUUGUCGAUUACCCGUCCCUUUCCUUUUCGGCGGAUAAGAAAAUGACAGAUAUAACCUAAAAUAAAAUUAGAUGGUAUUUACAGGAAUUAGCACCAAUAACGGGUUCUUACCGCGUUUGAAUCAGGGAUAUGAGACUCCCGAUAUUUAUAUGGCACUUGCAACAGUGUCGAAAUAUCGGGAGUCUCAUAUCCCUGAUUCAAACGCAGUAAGAACCCGUUAUUAUGUGUUUUAAUUUUGUUAAUAACCGCGUAAACUUAAAACGUUUAUGUCAAAAUAAUUUUUGAACAUAAAUAACAAGGAAAAAAGAAAUCAAUCUUUUAUUAGUACGUGGCAGCUUGGCAAUGGCCCAGUAACGUAGUUGGUUAAGCGCCCUCUAACGAGUUGUUGAGAACUAUUAAAACGUCUAAAUACAUUUUUUUAUUACAGUGUCCUUUUUCAUACAAAUUCCGUAGUAAUUUCGUGUUUUGAUGUUUAGUAUAAAGUAACUGAUUUGACUAGUUGGAGAGUAGCCUAUUAUUUUCAUGUAGGUAUCAUAAUUUAAAUUCAGAACUAAUCACUUUAUAAUUGUUUAUUUUAUAUUCGACAAUCGAUCGAAUGAGAAAAAUAACCUCAUUAGUUCGACUAACGAACUUAUGAAUUGAUCAUAAUCAGACUAGUGGUACUAAGUGACUGAUGAUAAUAUUUUUUUUUAAGUUCGUAACAGAUGCCCUGUUUCUUAUACUUCCCGUUCUAUAUGUAGAUAUAGUGUAGAUGUAAGUCUUAAUGUGUAACGACCGUUGUAAAUAUCCUGACACAUAAAUUAUUGUAUUUCAUAAUAAAAUAAUCAAUCAGU